AUGCGGCCUGUGGCGCUGCCUCACGAUGCUGCCUUUCUCCUGAGCAACAGCAGCAGCACCAACAGCAGCCGAAGCAGCAGCCCACGUAGAAGCGCUGCGGGCCCCUCAGCAGCAGCAGCAGCAGCAACAACAGCAGCAGCGGGAGCAGCUGCUGCAACGCAGUAUCCCUCAACAGCACGGCACGGCUCUUUCAGCUCCAUUGGGUUUGGCUCUCGCGAACUGCAGCGAGCGAAAAGCAGCAGCAGCAACAGCAGCAAGACUUCAGCUGCGGAACCUGCUGCUGCUGCUGCUGCUGGUGCUGCUUCUGCUGGGGGCGCCGUGUGGAACACAGCGCCGCGGCUUCUGGAGUGCUGCGCUGCACUGGGUUCCCCAGAAGACGAAGCAGCAGCAGCAGCUGCUGCUGCUGCUGCUGUGUCUCGGUCGCGGCUGCUGCAUGUGUCUCUCUCGGGGCUGCUGCUCUCUGUGGAGGCGCUGCUUGCUGCAACCCUGGAAGCUGCUGCUGCUGCGCCUCCUGCUGCAGCAGUUGCUGCUGUUGCUGCUGCUGGAGCGGAGUCGGAGGUGCAGCAAAGGCGGCUGCUGCAGCAGCCACUGGAUCUGCCUUUCACGCAGCACCAAGCUUGCUGCUGCGCUGCUGCUGCAGCCUGCUGGAGCCCUCUUGUGUCUGCUUUGGGUUUGCUGCUGACAGCUCAUGUGUCUCUUACUUUGCAGGCAGCAACGAGCAGCAGCAACAGCAACAGCAGCAACAGCAGCAAGAGGGACACUGCGUCGGCGUGGCCGCGGCAAGUGGCUGCUGCUGCAGCAACAAGCACCCUGCUUAACUGCUGCUACCAGCUGCUGCUCGUCUGCUGCCUCCUCCGUAUUGCUGCUGCAUGCACCGCAGUGCUGCAUGCAGUUGCUCGCUUUUGUUUGUAUGCUGCAAUGGGCAGCGCUGCUGCUCCUGCUGCUACAUCGGACAGCAGCCCCCACGUGCAGCGCAGCAGCAGCAGCAACAGCAGCAGCAGCAGCAGCAGCACAUCAGCAGCAGCAGCCGUUGUUGCUGCUGCGGGGGGCGCUGCUGCCUCGCUAGGCCUAAGUGGCUCUGAAGCCUUGACGUGGCUGUUUGGCAGGCGCAGCGACAGCAAAAACGGCAGCAGCAGCUCCGGCAGCAGCAGCGGCAGCAAGGUGCUGCCGCAGCAGCAGCAGCAGGUGUCGCAGCUUGCUGCUGCUGCUCGUGUCUUCCUGUUUGCGGUCGUCUCUAAUCUAGGCAGUCUGUUGUCUCCUCCUUGUUGGCUGCUGUGCCUCAGAGCCCUUGAGGAGCUGCCGCCAGAGCUUGCCGAACAACAGCAGCAGCAGCAGCAGCAGCAGCGGCAGCUAGUGGGGCCGCUGCUUUCUAGCAGUUUUAGCUUGCCUUCCGCCUUCAAAGAUCCAGCAGAAGCAGCAGAGCGUGAGGCCGACGAGGCGACAGCAGCAGCGGCAGCUUACUGGAGGGGUUUGGGGCUUAGCGAGCAGGCAGCAGCAGCAGCAGCAGCUGCUGCUGCUGCUACUGCUGUGUCCGCUGCUUCUUCAGCCUGCCCCCCGGCUCUUCAAGGCGUAGCCGCCCUUGACAGCAGCAACUUCAGUAGCGCGCAGCAGCAGCCAGCAUCCCCUUCUUCCUCGUCUUUACCUGCUGCUGCUGCUGCUGCUGCUAGUAUGGGCGAACUUGCUGCUUUUGGUUUGGUGUCGAGACACCUCAGCACAGAGGGCCUGCGCUGCGCGCUGCAGGCGCAUGCAAAGCACACGCUGCUGCUGCUGCUGAAGGCGUACUCCUCCGUCCCAGGCGCAGCAGCAGCAGCAGCAGACACGCCAGCAGGCUUCGGCCUGCUGCAGCAGCAGCAGGAGCAGCAGGACACCGCAGACCGCUGCUGUUGCAGCAAAGGAGGGCCUUGCCAAAUUUCUGGGUGCGCAGCAGCAAUUUCAGCAACUGCAGCAGCAACAGCAGCAGCAGCAACAGGCAGCGCAGCAACCGCAACGUGGCAGGGCUGCAGCAGCAAUUCGCUGGAGCCCUUCAUCGGCCCCAGGGCGGAAAGGCUCAGCAGCAGAAGCAGCAGCAGCAGCUGCGCCAGCGAAGCGCUGCUGCUGCCGCCGUGCUGGCGGCGGCUGCUGCUGCUGCUGCUCUACAACAUCGACCGCGUGUUGCUGCUGUUUGACGGCUCCCCCGCAGCAGCAGCAGCAACAGCAGCAGUAGCAGAUGAGGAGGAAAGUGCUGCCCUCACUUUUGCUGCUCUUGCUGACGCGCCGCAGCUAAGCCCAGCAGCAAGAGCAGACACUGUGAGGUGUCUGUGUCUCAGUUUGCAGGUGCUGCUGCCUGAAAUGGGUGCUUGCUGCUCAGCAGCAGCAGCAGCUGCUGCUGCCGCUUGUCCGGAAGAGAGCGCCGCCGCUGCAGCAGCAGCAGCAGCAGCAGAGUCGGAGCUGCAGUGCGUCGCGCUGCAGUGCCUCUGCAGCUUGCUGGCCUCAGCAAAUGGCGUGUCUCGUUUUGCUGCUCUUAGGGCGCUGCAGCAGCUGCUGCAGACACAGGGGCAGCUGCUGCGGCCUAAAGCCUGGCUGCUGGUUCUUGCUGCAGUAGGCGCCUGGGCCUCGCUGCAGGUGCCGCGCGAGCUGCAUGCGGUUGUUGCUGCAGUUGCUGCUGCCAGAAGCACGAACUGCUGCAGCAGCAGCAGCAGCAGCAGCAAACAGCUAAUCCAGACCCCAGGCUGCAGCGCAGAGCGCAGGGAACUUCUCGCCUUGGCGGAGCUCAUAGUGCAUGACUACGGAGAGGAAAUCCCGAUGCAU